AUGUCACCCUCACCCUACGCCUACCAAUCCGAAGUGUACGCGCACGGCCUCCGCGACCAAAAACCAGCUAUAACCUUCAUCCCUAGCGAAUGGGAGAACCUCGCACGAGCACGCCUCUCCGCCAACAGCUUCAGCUACGUGCACGGGUCGGCAGGGACGGGCGAAACCGACCGCAAGAACCGGACCGCAUUCCAGAGCUGGUCCGUAAUACCUUCCCGACUGGUCCCCUCGGCCAAGUUCCCCGAUCUAUCCACCACCCUCUUCGGCAAAACCUACUCCUCGCCUAUCGCCAUCGCCCCCGUAGGGGUACAAACUAUCUUCCACCCAGAGGGUGAACGUGCCGUAGCGCGCGCCGCGGCGGAGCUGGAUGUGCCGUAUACGUUGAGCACGGCGACAGCGACUUCUACUGAGGAUGUAGCGGAAGCGAACGGGGCGGAUGGGAAGCGGUGGUUUCAGCUGUAUUGGCCUGGGAAUGAGCAUAAUGAUAUAACGGUUAGUUUGUUAGAGCGGGCCAAGAAGAACGGGUAUGAUGUGUUGGUUGUCACAUUGGAUACGUAUAUCUUGGGGUGGAGGCCAACGGAUAUGGAUAAUGGGUAUAAUCCGUUCCUGAGGGCGGAUAGUAUCGGGGUGGAGAUGGGAUUUAGUGAUCCGGUGUUUAGGAGGCAUUUCAAGGACAGAUAUGGGAAGGAGGUGGAGGAGGAUAAGGGCACUGCUGCGGCGGAGUGGACGAAGAUUGUGUUCCCCGGGGUGUCGCAUUCGUGGGAGGAUUUGGCGUUUUUGAAGGAGCAUUGGGAGGGCCCGAUUGUGUUGAAGGGGGUGCAGAGUGUGGGGGAUGCGAGGAGGGCGGUGGAGUGUGGAAUGCAGGGCAUUGUUGUUUCGAAUCAUGGGGGUAGGCAGAUGGAUGGGGGCGUUGGGUCGUUGGCGGUGUUGCCGGGGAUUGUGGAUGCCGUGGGGGAGCAGAUUGAGGUGUUAUUUGAUUCCGGGGUGAGAUGUGGUGCGGAUGUGAUGAAGGCGCUGGCGUUGGGGGCGAAGAUGGUGCUAGUGGGUAGGCCGUAUGUUUAUGGGUUGGCGAUUGCUGGGGAGGAGGGGGUGAGGCAUGUGUUGAGGAGUUUGUUGGGUGAGUUGCAGUUGUCGUUGCAUUUGGGGGGGAUUAGGAGUGUGAGGAAGGAGGAUUUGAAUAGGGAGUGUUUGGUAAGGGAGUAG